GUAUAGAAAUGCUCAGAAAUCGGAUGACACUGUUAAACAGGCGGCACGCGACACCAGUUCGAUCUAUGGCACGUUCCAUACUGAAACGGCUUUUUAUAAUGAUGAAAGAGAAAAGUGGCAUCUUAUAUUUUUAAUGUUAUAUAUAUGAUUAGAAUAACUAAACAACAUAUAUUACCAUUACUAAGUCUUAAAUAGGUUGUGCAUUUAUACGUCUAUUUUGAUGUGCGAUCAAGUGAUUUUUCCUUUUCUGCGUCGGCAAGCAUGACUAGCUAACAGCUAGUUUAGCUGCUAGGGAACUUGGCUUGAAUAGCUAACAUGGCUAAUGUUAACGUAACUGUUACAUUAGCUAAAUAUUUUCAAUGAAAUAAUUUAUCUUUCAUCGCUCAACUUACUCCGAUUAAUAUUACUCUUUCAGUGGGUUGAGAUUGAAUUUAGCUGCGGCAGAGACCACACCUUUGUCAUCAUGGCAGAAGAAGACACCAAAACUUGCAUCUUCAAUGUUGGUGGAUGUUUGUACUCCAUUCCGAUAAGCCGACUCUCCUGUUUUCAAGAGUCAUUGUUACUGAAAGAAUCUGUCUUCAAUCAUCACGCAAGAUUAUUCCUAGACAGGGAUGGCUUCACCUUCAGACACCUACAUUAUUAUAUACACACUGGUAAACUUGCGUCCUCUUGCAUAUCUGAGAUCAAUAUUUUAUAUGAGCUGUCAUCAACCCUACGUCUUACAUCAUUGCAACAGGCGUUAGAAAACCGUCAGUCAGGCAAGCAUUUCCUACGUGCACGCCCAGUUGACCUACAGGUCACAGAAAGAGCUGCUAUGUAUUACUGGAAAACAAGACUUUGUAAUCCUAAACAACCUGAAUCUGUGGCCAGCCCGGUUUUCACAGUGCAUGAUGCCAUACCUCUGGGACUGGUGGGGAAGCCUCUGGUGGACAAUGAUGAGGAGGUGAUGUACUGCUUCAUUCCACUGGAGCAGCUUCGAUUACAUCCCAACUUGGUGACACAGGACAACCUGUUGUGGCUGUGUGAUGAUAUAGCUAUCAUUGAAUGUGGGAGCCGUCUCUUCAGGUUCAUAGCUAAUUUCCUGCAUACGGGAAAGAUCUUACUGCCAGAGCAUUUCGGUGAUUACGAGCUGCUGAGCAGCGAGGCAAAAAUGGUUGGCAUGACAGAGUUCGUGGAAGCACUGCAGGAACAAUGUGAGAUAAAUAGUGACUCUUCGUCCAUACUUCUGGAUUCACCCCAAAUAUCAGACUCGGAAUCUGUUGCUCAGCCUUUAUAUAUCAUGACCUUUGACCUGUUAGUGAAGUACCCUGAUUCUUCGCUGGGUCAGCUUCACAUAGACAGCAAUCUUGAGGGGAGCAGACUGUACGUAACAGGCUCUGGAGUUCUUUUCCAACACGUGCAGGAUUGGCUGGGAACAUGCUGUCUGCCUCUGACAGAGGAGGCCUCUCAGCUGUCUGGCUUAUGCGAGUACCUGGAAGGGCAGGAUGGGGCCUACCAGGCUUUCAAGGAGGCCUUGUUCCAGUUUCUGCACAAGAGGAAAACCUCAAAAAGUGUAUUUACUGCAAAGCCAUGGUCUGCUUCAGUGGCGGCAUGCACGGUUUAUAAAAUUGUAAAAGUUUACGUUGGAACACACUGGUACGCCACUUAUUUGCAGACUCUCUUGAAGUAUCCAGAGCUGCUGUCUAACUCUAGUAAGGUCACCUGGAUCUGCUUUGGUCAGAGUCUGCAUGUAAAAGGUGACGGGCAAAUAUUCCGUCACAUCUUAAACUUCCUCAGAUCUGGUCGUCUGUUACUUCCAGCUGACUUCAGAGAGUGGCCUUUGCUCUGCCAGGAGGUUGAAGCCUUCCAGAUCCCAGCCCUCACUGGAGCUUUGGAGGACUGCUCAGACUACAGGGCCUGGUGUAGAGGGAAGGUCCACAGCAGUGAUGGGUCUUCCUCCUCGUCUUUGGCUGAAUCCCUGUCUCUGGACGAAGACUGCUUUCUGGGGAUAUCUUCUGAUGAGGAGAGCAUGGACUUCAGUGAACAAGACACACAGCUGCAAGAGAGCCCAGACUACUCAUGCUUGCUGAUGGGAGACUCGUCAAGUAGACCCAGCUCAGAGGAGCCUAUUGUUGUUUCCUCACCAAUUAAUCACAGUCCCCCUAAAAGCAAGAACCUGGGGCAAGCCCAAGGUGUCUUACCAGGCCUUUCAGAAACUUCCAGAGAAAAUCAAACCACUAACGGUGGGCCUUCUACAGCCAGCAGUAGUGCCAGCCAUGCAGCUAACGCCGCCAGUGCCACUGGCGAUCUCUCGAGCUCCAUCAGGAGCCUGCUCCAGAAGAUCCGCGGCACCUGCCUGGAGAGCCUGCUCCAGAGACUCAGCAGCAACAUCUCGGCGUCCACACAGCAGCAGCAGCAGCACGUUGCCUCGGCGCACAGGACGGAGCAGGAGUCCAUCCCCAAGGAGCGGCUGGUGCAGAUACUGGAGGAGACCUUCAGAAGUCGGCCCAACCUGAAGAUCAAGAGGCUGCCGGGGCCUACGAGCCCCAUCGGCUCAGGCCACACUGCUAGGUCAUCCGAUUCACCACUAGAAGACAGCGUAUCAGCAGCAGGAGGAGAGAGGUGGAGCUGGAAGAGUCUUCCCGUGAGGGGCUGCGUGAUCCAGCUGACCCACCCCCCGGUCCUGGGGAGAGGGGAGCCAGGUGGCUUCUUCACCCACAGCGUCAUCUACGCGGGCACCCCUCCAGACAGCACUGCCCAUCCGCAUGUGACUGCGACUGCAAUGGGAGAUCCCCAGGAUGUGGCCUUCGCCCACUUCAAUCUGUCUUACGAGGAGAUGGUGUACGGACGAGAGGGCCAUGCUUUCCUGACGGGUAUCAUCCUGGACUCGAAGAAGCUUGACACAGCAAAUUGCACUCAAAACUUAGCCAAUCUGAUCUAUCUCCUCUGGACAGAUCAGAUAAAAGACUCUUUGCAAGAGCUACUGGGCCUCAUCGAAGUCAAGCUGCAUAGGACCAGAGAGAAGUUACAGCAGUGGUUGAACUUCACCCUGCCGCUGGCAAGACGUUACACAGAGUGCCUGAUGCAGCUGGAGAGACACUGCUGCCAGAUAGAAACCCUGUUUCCUUAAGACACAGCAACAAGCCCAGGCCGUCUACAGAUUCCAACAAAGAAAACGAAAAGAAAGCAAGCAGUGCAAUGAAAGAUGGGGGGAAAAAAUGAAAGUUUAUGACUCUAAAGGACAAGUUGUAACCAGGCCUCUUGUCAUCACAUCCCUCCUGCACAAAGAAGAUAGGCUGAGUCUCUCUGGGAUGAGAGGAAGAUGCAUUAAGCCCCUCACGACAACUACUGGCUGCACUGAACAUGAGGCUGGCAGUGGAUCAGGAAAGCUUUUCAACAGCGGCAAACACGACGGCCUCGUCACGGCAACAGCAACGCCGACACAGAUAAGAACCCAGGGGCACUGACCACAGGUCAGUUGCGUGUGAAAAAAACAACAGACAUGCAUGGGAUGAUGACCAAGACACUGAAAAUGUGUCAUGUUGUGUCAUGUUGCCUACAGAGUAGAGAGGCAUAUUGCUUUCAUAGAACUGUUAAAGAGUAGACUAGACUCUUAACCCAAACUCAGAGAGAACCUUUUCAUAAUAAAGGGUGUAUUUCUGCUUUGUCA